UGUCAGCGGUCUGUUGACUCAGAUGACGUCACCGCGAACAUGGCCGCCGCCGAAAGCGAUGUCCUGUCUGAAAUUGAAGUGCUGCAGUCCAUCUACUUAGAUGAACUUAGAGUUACUCAGAAAGAUGAGGGAGGGUGGACAGUCAGUGUGGUGCUCUAUCCCUCCACUGCAGAGGACUGUCUCUCUCAGUUUGUCCGCCUCACACUGACAAUGGAUCUGGACUCGGAGUAUCCAUAUUCAUCUCCUUGCAUCUCCAUUAACAAUCCACGUGGACUCUCAGAUGAUAAACUGCUCAGUUUACAGAUGAGUUUGCAGAUGGAGGCAGAGUUGUGUCUAGGAACUCCUGCACUGUACCAGCUCAUAGAGAGAGCCAAAGAGAUCCUGACUGAGAGCAAUAUUCCCCAUGGGAACUGUGUUAUCUGUCUCUAUGGCUUUAAGGAAGGGGAAGUGUUUACUAAGACCAGCUGCUAUCACUAUUUCCACUCACAUUGCCUUGGUCGCUACAUCACCCAUUCUGAGAUGGAACUGAAGGACCGUGAGAAGGAGCUGGAGGAGGACAAGACCAGAGACAGAACAGAAGAAGAGGUGUUGUCUGUUGUUUGCCCUGUGUGUCGAGAGCCUCUGACCUAUGAUGUGGAUGCCCUCCUUUCCUCCCCGGCUCCUAGUUUCACCCAGCAGGAGGAUGCAGUCAUUGGUGGGGAAUUUAAAAAGAAAUGGGCAGAGCUCCAAAAGGUUCUGGAACGGCAGAAGGAGAAGGGUGGGGUUAUUGACCAAGAAGCAGAGUCUAAACGGUUCCUCAUUCACAUUAAUGAGGCUCCAGCUAAUCUUUCUGACACCCCUGGCACAGAUGCUUCAGGUGCUAAAUCUAGUCCUUCACUCCCUUCCUCGUCCCUAAAUUCCACCAAUGCAACCCUAGCCUCUCAGAGUCAUCACACUGCAGGCCAUUCACAGCGUCAGUCCAGUCAUGAUAGAAAGCAACAAGGUGACUUCAAGAGAGGUCGUAGAGGAAGAGGAGGUGGAAAAGGUGGAUCAGCACGCCACACGAUAACUACACCAGGGGUGGCACGCUUCGACAAGUUCUCACAAUCUUCAGAAAAGAUCAGUUAUGUCAACUCUGCCCCACUGAACAACACUUCACAAGUAGAAAGUGCAGCACAAGGAGAGGCAUGUGAACUCAAUGAUAAUGCAGCACACCUCAGGCAGCCUUUGACCAAUGAAGAAAAACCUGUUUCUACAGACUAUGGACAUGAUGAGAGCCAACAAAAAGUGGAUAUUUCUAAAGAGGUUACUCAGACAAUCUUACAGGAAAGGGAACAUAUGAGUAGAGGAUGGAAGCGUGGUAGUCGUGGCUCAGGACGACAUUAUGGACACUGGCAGGAGAGGAACUUUAAGGGAAACAAUCACUGGGAUAUUUCUGGGGGAGUCGGCCACCGUGGAGGAGGACAUAGAGCCAGAGAGGGAGGAGCUGGUCAUCAUCACAGAGGGGGAGGGUCUCAUAGAGGAGGCGGGAGGGGUUUGCAUCAGAGAGUGGAAAAAGAGUUUAGAAAGGAGGGAUUGCUCUGACAGUGGGAGAGGGGAGGUACAGGCAGAGAAACAAGAAUACCUCCCAUUUUCACCAGCUGUAUUUUUAUCACUUCAGUGUCCAUAAUAAAAUUCUGCACAAGCAUUUAAUUGACUUAGGCCUAUGUUUUUCAUCUGUUCUCAGG